UGCUGGGCCUGGGGGCCGGGCGGCUGUUUCCUGUCCUGGUGCAUGGUGGUCGGACGGAGGAAUUGUUGGAAAAUUUUCUCGGAGGUAGAAAAUGUUGUUAGCCCAAAUAAAUCGGGAUUCCCAGGGGAUGGCGGAGUUUCCUGGAGGAGGAAUGGAAGCACAGCACGUCACCCUGUGCCUCACUGAGGCAGUGACUGUGGCAGAUGGUGAUAAUUUAGAAAAUAUGGAAGGUGUGAGCUUGCAGGCAGUGACACUUGCAGAUGGCUCUACUGCUUACAUACAACACAAUUCAAAAGAUGGAAAGCUCAUCGAUGGGCAGGUCAUUCAGUUGGAAGAUGGUUCUGCUGCGUACGUUCAGCAUGUACCCAUGCCUAAAAGUAGGGACAGUUUGCGUCUGGAGGAUGGUCAAGCAGUGCAGUUGGAAGAUGGAACCACAGCAUUUAUUCACCACGCCUCCAAAGAUAGUUAUGACCAGAGUGCAUUACAGGCGGUUCAGCUGGAAGAUGGUACCACAGCCUACAUCCACCAUGCAGUGCAAGUUCCACAGUCUGACACCAUCCUGGCAAUUCAGGCGGAUGGGACAGUGGCAGGGCUGCACACCGGGGAUGCCACCAUUGACCCUGACACCAUCAGUGCUUUGGAGCAGUAUGCAGCCAAGGUGUCCAUUGAUGGAAGUGAAAGUGUCACUGGCACUGGAAUAAUUGGAGAAAACGAGCAAGAGAAAAAAAUGCAGGUCCAUGAGAGAUCACACACGGGAGACCGGCCUUAUCAGUGUGAGCAUGCAGGCUGUGGGAAAGCAUUUGCAACAGGUUACGGAUUAAAAAGUCAUUUCAGAACUCAUACAGGAGAAAAGCCAUAUCGGUGUUCAGAAGAUAAUUGUACUAAAUCUUUCAAAACUUCAGGAGACCUACAGAAACAUAUCAGAACUCAUACAGGAGAAAGACCUUUUAAGUGUCCCUUUGAAGGUUGCGGUCGGUCCUUUACGACAUCAAAUAUCAGAAAAGUGCAUGUUAGGACGCACACAGGAGAAAGACCUUAUUACUGCACAGAGCCAGGAUGUGGGAGAGCAUUUGCCAGCGCAACCAACUAUAAAAACCAUGUGAGGAUACACACAGGCCUCCAAGAACCACCCAAACUCUUGCCAUCCGUGAAUAUAUCUCAAGCUGACAUGCAGGCCAUUGGCAAUACAAUCACAAUGGUAACGCAAGAUGGCACACCCAUCACAGUCCCUGCUCACGACGCGGUCAUCUCCUCAGCAGGAACACAUUCUGUUGCUAUGGUCACUGCUGAGGGUACAGAAGGGCAGCAGGUUGCGAUUGUGGCUCAGGACCUUGCAGCGUUCCACACAGCCUCCUCGGAGAUGGGUCACCAGCAGCAGCACAGCCAUCACUUGGUCACCACGGAAACCAGGCCUCUGACCCUCGUGGCCACCUCCAACGGCACCCAAAUCGCAGUGCAGCUCGGAGAACAGCCAUCUCUGGAAGAAGCCAUCAGGAUAGCAUCUAGGAUCCAACAAGGAGAAACGCCAGGGCUGGACGAUUAAGCCUCAGAACAGUGGAGCAUUAAAGUGGAGGAACCUUUGGUCUGGCCACAGAAAUCUCUGAUGCCCAGGCCCAGGGAAACCAGAAGUUUUCCGUUCCUGAUACACUGUACACAUUUUUAUGCAAGGGUGAAAAACAUUUUAUUCUUGACACUUUUGUGUAUUUGACCCUUGGAUAGAUUAUCAAACUGAUUUAUUGUGUACAAGGAAGUAUGAAAUUAGGGCAAUACAGUAAAUUUUCAUGUUACCGUUUUAUCAGAUUGCAAACUCCUAGAGACUACUUGCAAGACCAGUGAAGUCUUUACAGAUUCUUAUUAUGGAUUUUUUAACUUACUGUGAAAGAAUAAAGGCUGUAUCUAAAAUGUUGAAGGUUCUACAUGUCAAACAAUCAUAAUUCCAAAAGCCAUCAUGGACAGUAAAGGAUAUAAAGCCUUCAGAUAUUCCCCCAUUGGUAGCGUCUUCAGUUUUUCUUCUACUGUGUACUUGCCCGUUUUUAUUUGUAUCUCAUGGUUUGAAGACUGUUUAUAGUUUCUUUGUUAUAUACCAGCUUCUUAAGCUGAAAUGCUAACUCUAUUAGCAUUACAUUGGAUUAUGUAUAAAAUUACAAAGUUUUGUUAUUUAAAAUUAAAAUGUUAAAUCCAGGGUUUUGUUAAAGAUCUCACUGUUUGGUUUUUGUUGCUUUGUUACUGUUUUUUAAAAAUAAUGAACGAUGGCAGUUUGACCACAGGUCAGUGCCCGGGAAAACAGUGCUGUAAUGGGAAGUGGCUUUACUCUGAAAAUUAGGUUAGUGGGGUUGGUGCAAAUUUAUUUAUUUUUGCUUAUGUACUUUUGUUUUAAAGCUUAUUUACCCUAAAGUUUAUUAAUUUUGAA